GCUAAGAGUAGCUUAAAGAGAAGCAAAUUAAACCAUGCUAAGGAAAGAUAGCGCAGUGGAUUCUAUUACUACCAAGAUCAAGGCAACUCUAACAACUACCAUGAAUACCAAUUCAAGAGACUCUUCCUUAGCCAAUAAAAAGAAUCAGGAGGAUCAGCUAAAUUCAACAAAAUCUCAGAUUGAUGAAGCAAAAGAAGAAAACGAAAGACUUAAGUCCAUGCUAUCUAAAAUCAUGAAGGAUUACAAAUCCUUACAAAUGCAUUUUCAAGGCAUAUCUCAACCUGAUCAUAAACCUCAAAAUUCAAAGGAUAUUAUUGCAACAAGUAUUGAACAAGAAGAAGAAGUGGACCUUGUUUCACUGAGCCUAGGGAGAAGUUCAAGAGAGUUCAAGCAAGACGAAAAAGAAUAUGAUCAAAAUGAGUGUAAAGAUAUUAAAAAGCAAAGUAAAUUAUUUGAUGGGCUUGAGCUGGGUUUGGACUGCAGAUUUAGUCCAGAUUUUACUGAAGUCACGAAAAAUUAUGAUGAUAGCCAAGAAAAUAGUUUUGAGGAGUCAAAGAAGGAGCAUAUGAUAAGUCAUGAACCAUGUCAACAAAAUUAUCUUAGUUCAAAAAUGGCAAGAAUUAGUGGGGAUGAAGAUGAAGAUUUUCUGCAGCAGAACCCUCAAAAGAAGGCUAGGGUAUCUAUAAAAGCUGUGUGUGACACUACUACGAUGAAUGAUGGAUGUCAAUGGAGAAAAUAUGGACAAAAAAUAGCAAAAGGGAAUCCAUGUCCUAGGGCAUACUACCGUUGCACUGUCUCCCCAUCCUGUCCUGUAAGAAAACAGGUUCAAAGGUGCUUUGAAGACAUGACCAUAUUGAUCACAACCUAUGAAGGAACACACAAUCAUCCCCUUCCAUUUUCAGCUAAUGCCAUGGCUUCCACCACCUCUGCUGCUGCCUCUAUGCUAAAUUGCACAUCCUCCUCAACAUCACAACAAGGGAUAACAAAUGCUAAUAAUAAUAAUAAUAAUCUGCAUGGAUUCAACUUCACCACUUCAAAUACUAACUUAUUAGCCACACAUGCACCAAAAACUUCCAUUUCCACAUCCCAAACACACCCUACAAUCACUCUUGAUUUCACUACUGUUCCUACAACAACAUCAUCAUCUACUCAUACAUUCUCUUCUCAAAGAUAUUCUUCCACUUCUCUAAAUUUCUCCACACUAUCAUCAACUCCUCCUUCUUCUUCCUUCAUUAAUUCCUACACUGCAUUAUGCAAUAAUUUCAAAAGCCAAGUUGGAGCCGGUUCAUAUCUUGGGAGGCCAUCCUUUUAUCAGCCCCUCACUUCCAACAACACUCAUAAUAUGACUGUCGAGGACAGUGGUGAAGCUAGAAAUUCUAUCAAUUGGAUUAAAAAAAAGUACAAAAGUGUCGAACCUAGGAUUUGACCCCGUAACCUAAAGUAAAUUUUGAACCAUUUUUGUCACUAAACUAGAAUCUUUGUUUAUGUUAAGGAAAAUCAAAAAUUUAUAAAUACAAAAAAAAAAUUCUUCCACUUUAUUUUGUACAGUAUAAUUUUCCGAUGAAAAAGAUUUCUGCAUCAACCAUGGCAUUUCUAAGGACCCGAGUCUUGUAUCAGUCUUCGUUGAAUCGUUGCUGCAAUUUCUUUAAUACAAUUGUUCGGAAUGGGUUGUAUUCGAGAAAAUAAUUUUCUUGAAGAGAACUCUAGCAAAAAUUUAAAAUGGGAAGAGAAUUUUCCAUCCAAGUUAGUUAGAAGUUAGUUAGGAAGUUAAGUGUACGUUAGUUAAUUCCUCUCACAGUACUUAUAGAUUUUAUAGGACUUGUACUCUCAUUUCUUCAUCAAGAUGAAUAACAGAAAGAUCAUCUCAUUCCUCCUC